CCUAGGGUUAACAACUCCACGAUGUGAUUAUUCAUUUCAAGUUUCUAUUUUGUAAAGUGAUUUGAAAUUUUUCGACUUAUGAAGAUAUUUGUAUAUAAGCUAUACUCAAACCCGCUAUUGAAGGCGGUCUCUUCUCUACCAGCAACAGAAAUAGGAGACAAUGGAGCUGGAGAAAUGGCAAAAGAUAGCCACAAGUUUUGCAAGGAUAUGAUGGGAGUUCUGCAGCAAUCUGGGAAAGAUACGUUUUCGGCAAUCGUUGACACAGUGAAAGCAGCUGGCUCAGCCGUUGGUUUCUGCGCAGUAGAGUGCUUGAAAAUCUUCGAAAAAGCCAUCAAAAGUGUAAUCACUUUGAACUUCAAGGAACUUGCCAAUCAAGUGGUGAAGUUUGGUCAAUGUUUCUUAGAUUGUGUUAAACAAGUGCUCAACAUUUUCAAGGUGGGCUUCCAAGGUGCAAAUAAAGUGAAAAAUACUAUCAUGAGUGGUGUUGGAAGUUCAAAGGUGCCCAAUAUCAAAUUAUUUUAGCAUUCUGAAAAUGAAUCUUAAUUUUUUCCCGUUUGUGUUUAAUAAAUUUUUGUGAAAUUUGUAGAUCGAAUCUAUAAAUUUGAGUUCAAUAUUGAAUAUUCUAUUGUUUACUUGGAGUAUAGAAGAAAUCUCAUUUACAAAAUGAUCCAGUAAUGCUCAUGUUACUCUUGUACUAUAAAAAACAAAAAAAUCGAUAGGAGCUUAUCGAGAUUUUUCUAUUCCACGCAGAUUUUCCAAUAGUCCUUGUAUUUAGGCCUAUUGGGUGCAUCCGUCCAUCGAUACUAACUUUGUAAAAUCCAGUUGAUUAGAAAUCAAUCUGAAAACACAAAAUUAAAACUUGUCUUGAUCCAUCAAUCUUGAACAAAUAAUGAGGCAUGUAACUAAGGAAGUUACAGGAAAGAUUUUAUUUUCUAAUAAUAAAGAUUAACAAAUGUCAGAUGCAUCCUUUUAUUCUUCUUUUUUAGGCCAAUACAACAUUCAUGAAAUCCAUUUGUAUAAAUAUAACUCGAAGUGGAUUUUACUAUAAUAUAGUUCCGUUUUAAUAAAAUACAUCAUUUCUAUUUCAAAAUACAUGUCUUAAAAUGCUCACCAUAGAAUUCACAAUACAAAUAAAUUCGACAGACAUUAAUCCAAAUAUUUCCCCUGGUUCAAGAUGAUAUUAUUGCAAAGCAUACACUAAACAAUCAGUUGCAUCCAAUGGGUUAGAGCUCAAAACUACUGAAAUACAAUAUGCAUUAUUUGUUGGAUAUCUAUUUUUAGUGAUUUCUGAUUAUUAUUACCUAUGCAUCAUUGUAUCAUUUAAUGCAUUGAACCUAAAAUUCACUUUCUUUAUUUUAUUUAGAUGUGCAGACAUGUUUUUCAUAAAUAAAAAGUUAAUUUGAAUAUUUAACACGAUUUAGAGUCUUAAAGUUUACAUUCUAUGUCUAGAAUAUGUUUAGUUCCAGAGAAUCUUAUUUUUGAUAAUAUUAUUUUCAUUAUUGGAAAAACCCGUUUCACCUUUGAUAAUAUUUCGAGACAUAAACUUGCUUUGGUAGAAAAAUUUUCCAACAAUUCAAGUUGCUGAGUCCCAUAUUUCAACUCUUAGAGAAAACUUAGUGGAUAAAUAUCGAUUUUUCUGUAUAAAAAUCACUAAUAAUGGCUUAUUAAUUUUUGUUUGGUUAUCCCUAUAAAUAAUGCACCUACUUUUAGACUCCCCAAUAACUUGUGAGUACAUUUUAUAUAUUAGGAUGAAUCUGGAAAUGAUGUAUUUACUUCUCAGCUCAAGUUUAUGUUCAUAAUAUUUAUUUUAAUAAUUGAUGGAAGAAUCAUAUAUAUUUUUUAGUUUUAUUGUCAGUUGAAGUGUCAUUUAAAUAUUCAUAUCAAUGAACAAUUCUAUUCAUAUGGAUAAAAAAAUUGUUUUGUCACUGCAAUAUUAUUUUCGAAUUGCUUAGUUGCACGAGUUGUGAAAAUAAUAAUCUAUUAUCUUUCUUAGUCCUGUAGAAUAUUUCAGGCUUUUCAUUCAGUACAGUAAAUAAAAAAAAUCAUAUAGUACUUUUACAAUAAUUGAAUGUGGAUUUCUAUCAAAUUUCAGUAAAUCCGUCUUCUCGUGAAACACUAUAACACUUCUUUUUUUCAGUUUUCAACAAUAGCGCUGCAAAUUGUUAGCUAUAGAACUAAUGAGAUUUAUCAACUGUCAAAAAUUGAUAUUCCCAGACAACUUCUUGUCAUUCAUGCUAGUUUUCAUAUUCAAAAUGUAAGAAUUUGAGGUGAACCAUUCACAUUCAUUAUUGAUUUGCACAAUUAUUCUGAAGGUUAAAAAUAAAAAAAAUUGGAAGCUCAAAGGAGUGGUUUUUAUUCAAUUUAGGUACGUAAUCAUUAUUAUGUUAUGUAUUAAGUUUUAAUAGUUUUUUUAUAAUUGCACCACAAUAGAGCUGAAUUGACCAUUUCUUCCGGCCAACAAUUUUUUGCAUUAUAAUCACAAUCAAUAAAAUUUGAAUUUCUGAAAACACUAGAUUCAAUCGUACUGUAACCUACUACAUUAUUAUUUUAUCCACGUUUACUGGUUAUUGAAAAUUUCAAAGCUUCUUGUUCUCCUCCCUUGUUGAAAUUAUUAUUGAUCCAUAUAAUUUCCUUUCAAUGAAUAAAACGUUACAUUGCAAGAUGAGUUACUGUGUUUUAGUUUAUUAAGGGAGGCAAUAUAAUUAUUUCUUAUAGGUAUUUGUAAAAUUAUUGUUACAACUGCAUUAACGUAUAGCCGGACUGACAACGUUUGAUCCGACUCUGGGCUGAAAUUAGAGCUAGAAGCAUAUCGGAUCAACAACUAACAAUAUUAGUAUUUUUUUAUUUUCAGGGGAUCAAUAAUUAUAGAUUUCACAAAUUUAGAUAGAAUUAUUGUUACGACUGCACUACCACAGAUAUGGUUUGGCCAUAGCAUCCGGCUCCAGUCUGAAACCAGAGUUACAACACAACCGACCGACAUUAUUAUUAUUUUAUUUUCAGGGGAUCAAUUACAUUUUUUACAGAUGUCGAUAAAAUUAUUGUUACAAUUGUGCUACCUCAGAGCCAUUAAAUACGGGCCUGGGCUGAAAUCAGAGCUAGAACACAACCGAUCAACAAUAUUAUUAUUUUAUU